AUCAAACUCAAAGUUAUGAACACAAAAAUCGUUUAAAAUUCACUGCGAAUGGUCUGUUAUGCGACGGAUGACACCAAGCUAUAUUUCAAAAUAGCAACUUUUCGUGUUCACAAAUAAGGGUUCGUGCGUCAAGGUGCGCGCGCACGCCUGCCUCGUGCGCGAGGUGCUCGCUCGGCAGCACUCGGCACUUGGCGGGAACACAGUGCGCGUGAGUCUCCGUCCUUCUCGCGCGUCCGCGGCACUUCUCGUCCCGCUUUGGAACCGUAACACCGACGAGAGGUCGGCUCCGUUGCCGCGGGGUGGCUGGACGUCCUAGGGUCUGUGUUUCGGGUAUGAGGACCGCAGCGUGACCCAGGCACAGUAACUGCGUCGACGCUUUUUUUUUUUUUUAGAAGAAAAUAAGGUGAGAAGUGGAGGACAUCAUGGCAGACGCAAAGUGCCUUCUGAAAACACCGAGUAACUUCCAAUCAUCUGCCAUGUUUGAAGGCUCGGAGGCUGUGGAGGCAGAGGGGGGCAACACAGAGAGCACGGUGGCCUCUUCCAUCAGCGCCUGUAAGAAGGUGCUGUGCAGCAACAGCGCGUUGGACUCUUCAGAAUACUGGCUGAGGAACGAAAAAGCUCUGUGUAGACUGGGCCUUCUGGACUACGACGCAGAAGGCAGCUGCACCAUGAUCUGUUUCGUGAAUCUGGACCCUCAGAAAACUGACUAUUGUGACGACAAAAGCCUAAAGAAAUUGGCAAUGAUGUCACCAGACCUGCCAAGGCUUGUUGAGUUACUCACUGUUCACCAGCCAAAAGAAAAUGAGAUCCUCUUCCUCGGUGGCCUUGAAGGAGCAGACACCUGCCAAACGCACCCACCAGCCCCUUCUCAGGGUCUUCAACAGCAGCAGAGAAGUACAGGCGUGUGCCUAUUUCAGAGUUCAGGGCAAAGAGGCAACAUUCAACCCAACAGAAUCAUCUUUGAGAUCAACCGGUUCCUGCUAGGUCUGCAGUGGGGAAAGGAACAACAGCAUCACCACGGGCGGAUAACCAGACAACGGCUUGAUGACGACACAAAUCGUUCAGUUUCAUCCAUCGAGGAAGAUUUCCUGACCGCCUCAGAACACUUAGGAGAAGACAGUGAGGAUGACCCUUGCAGGAAUGAGCAAGAUGUUGGGGAUCAGGCUGAGAGCUUGGUGGACAUUGCACAGAAGCAUAGCGCUAGUGUCACAGGUCAGAGGGGACAGAUGGUCCACCAUCAGAUGAGGGAAAACGCAGAGGUGAAAAGAGAAAUAGGAGUCAGCCCGCACACAAAGGAAUCAGCUGGUCAUUACGCCACUAAUCUGGCAGAGUCUGUGUUGCAGGAUGCCUUUAUACGGCUAUCUCAAGACGAAUCCUCAUUUGUCUCUGAAGCUGCGGUCAGCGUGUCUCACUCCAGAUACCCCGCCAAUACAGCUCUCUCACAAGCAAAACAGUCUUCCCAACAACGGACCUGCUCAUUUGAACUUCCAAAAAUUGUUAUAGUUCAAAGCCCUGACAGUGCAGAUGGAACUGCAGAGUGGCUAGAGACACAGGUGUCAAAUGUGUCUGAGCAGGAUACCCCAAACAAAGACUGUGAGAUGCCAGAAAAGGAGAAAAAAACUCACAUUCCUCAGCACAAUGGAGGACACCAACCCAAACCCGUGGAGGUGGCUCUGGCCUGUGCUGCCAAUGUUGUUGGCACAAUAACGUCCCCGCAGCUAACAGAACACCUCGCCUUGGAUUCAACUUCAGGAGAAGAACCUGAGGAAGAGCUUCAGGAACCAGAAGAAAAAGCAGAUUACUCCUUCUCCUCAGCUAUGUGUGGUAUAGCACAGGUUGCUGGUGCUGUAGCAGCCGUGGAGCUUACGGACAAAUCAUUGGACAAUAAGGAUUGUGAAGCCGAUUUAAAUGAAGGCUACACCGCAUCGCAGGGUUUGAUAUCGGCUGCCCAAAUAUCUGCAGCCUUUACAUUACACUGUAGUGUUGCGGAAGGUACUAGUGUAGAAGUGUUUCGUGCAAACAUUGCAGAGGUCCUUCACAGGGAAGCAGCUGAGGUACUAUCUUCUCCACAUGGAUACAGGAGUGUAGCAGACCUCUUAGAGUCCACACAUAACAAGAUUGUUGAUGGUAUCACUUGUCCCAAAAAAUCCUACGCAGAUGAAAGGGAAAUGGGUGACCUAAUCAAUGAGGUGGCCGACAGUCUUUUCAAACAUGCUUUAGAGAUUGCAAAAAAGAAAAAAGAGCUCCAAGGCACCAAAGAGGAUGCAUCAAGCCUCCAGGUUCUUCUGCAGGAUAGUGUAAACAAUUUGCUGUUUGAAAUUCUUUGCGUGGCACAAAAGAAGAUUAGUCACAUUUCCAGACAUGACAAAGGUCCAUUUGAGACGCGACAAGACUUUAAUACUGGCUCGAAGGAAUAUUCCACCAUAACCGACAGUGAUGACUCGUUAAGUCAAUUACAGUCUUCAGCUAGUUAUAGGCAGUCCACUAACAGUGACAAACAUAGUGGAAUGCGUCACAGGACGGAUAGGCUUACCAUGGUUUCUGGACUGAAGCCAACAAAUGUGGCUGAAGAAAGUGACUUCGGUACAUCUUAUCAUACAGAGUACAACAAAGAGCAACAGCAGCAACACCCUUUUUGUGGACAAAGUCCGUUAAAGAGUGUCAUUCACAGAAAAGACUACUACCAAAACCAGCCUGACUAUAAUAUUGUCAGAGUGCCUUUGAGUGAAAUUCCAGUUAAUGGCAUGGAACGGCGGGGGCGAUCAUUGACAGGAAGUGAAAGCAGACAGGCUUCCCUUACCCCCCAGUCCUCCCUCAACUCCUGCAGUUCACUGUUCUCUUGGAGAAUGGACUCCGAGACCAGGACACCUAUUACAUGCUUUGCUGAUGACUUAGCUGCGACAGUGGUGUCUAUGGCCACAGAGCUCGCAGCCAUAUCGCUUGAGAAUUCUACAGGGAAACAGCCUUGGUUCUGUGCCCUCAAAGGGACGUUUACAGAGGGCCCGGAGGCCUACCUAAUUCCGGCUUGCCGAACGGUACUAAGGAGGAAAGAAGGUCAGAGCAACAAUGCAUUGUCAAAGAAACAUCGUGCACCACGCCUCAGUGAAAUUAAAAAGAAAACAGAGGAGCAACCAGAGUUAAUGGAGCGACUUGUAAACCGUGUGGUGGAUGAAUCAGUCAACCCUGAUGAACCACAGGACCCAUUUGCACUCUUUGCCUCGGAAGUCACUGCCAGGAUCAUGAACUGCCCUGAGCUCAAUGUCGUGGACACUUCCAAAGCCGGCCAGUCACGAAGCAGAUUGCAGUGUGAAAGGUGGAGCCGUGGGAAGGCAUCAAGUUAUGAAAGCAUUCCAGAAGAAGAUGGUGACCCCUUAGGCACACCAAACACCCUUGGCCCUGGCAGUCAUUUAGGUCAGAAUCUGAGUCGUGGUAGCUCAAUCUCCAAGCAGUCAAGUUGUGAGAGCAUCACAGAUGAAUUUUCAAGGUUCAUGGUAAACCAGAUGGAGACUGAGGGCAGAGGCUUUGACCUUCUUCUGGACUACUACGCAGGGAAAAAUGCCAGUAGCAUUCUAUCUGCAGCAGUGCAACAGGCUGCAUCUAAGAAAAAUGGCCACCUUAAUGUCAGGACUACAUCCUGCUUGUCCAAACAGUCUAGCACAGAGAGCAUCACGGAGGAGUUCUACAGGUUCAUGCUCCGAGACAUGGAUAAAGAGAACAAAGAAUAUGGCAUUGCUAAGACUAAAGAGUGGAGCAACAGCUUGUUCCCCCCAUCUCCUCGGACACCCUUUUGUAUCAGACAGUCGUCAGUCCCUGACAGGCGCUCUUCAGACUCGAGACUGACAGUUAACUCGCCUAUCAAAGCCAAUUCGUUUGAUGGAUUUGCCCGAAAUGUGCAUGGAGACACAUUGAAUAUCUAUCCAAGCAACUCUGUGUCUGCAACGGGCCUUUGUAAGUCAGACUCGUGCCUCUAUCAAAGAGGCAAGACUGACCAGAUCACCGAUAUGUUGAUUCAUGAGACCUGGUCCAGCUCUAUUGAGUCAUUGAUGCGAAAGAACAAGAUCAUUGCAGAUCCAGAGGACGACCUAGAAGCUGCAGGCGACUCCCAACCUCAUGUGCAGCAGUUUGCCAAUCGCCUGGCAGCGGACAUUGUUGAUAUUGGAAAAUCGUCUGUUGUAGUUCAGCAAGAUAGCAUCAUGAAUGCCUCACAAAAACACAUUCCUGUUGGUGAGAGAAGAAUGGGGUUCAAACAAUCCCAUCUAAAUUGUAACCGUAGUAGGUCAAGUCAUGAACAAGUGGCUUCAGGGAUAAGUGACUGCAGUACACCUCAUAUAAGAGGUCACAGGGAUGUGCCAGUGAUACAUAUUGAAGUGGAUCAGAAGGAUGAGGCUUCCAUAAGCCAUGAAAGGAGAGAUCAACCUCGAGAACGACCAGAGGAAAUUCCAACUACCCAGCAGACCGAGAGGAUUACAGCCAAUGGCAACAGGACUGCAACCAGCAGCGGGUCCAGCGUGGGCCUGGCAGACGUAGAUACUUCUUCAGACAGCGCAGUGAUUGGUAUGCAGUCUGAGAAAAGCGAUCAAGCAGCAACCAAUAAGAGUAACCUUGAAAGCGGCUCAUGCAAGACAUCAGCACCAGGAGGUGGAGGUCACACGAGAGACCUCCUGGUGCUGAACUGUGACCUCGAAGCAGAAUGUGAGGACUCUGAGUUGACCGUGGCUCUGCAGUGGAUCGCUGCUUCUGAGCUUGGACUUCCUGUCCUCUACUUCAAGAAGUCUAAAGAGAAGAAGAUCGCCAAGUUCCAGAGGGUGAUCCACCUCAUGUCCCAGAAGUCUUGGCGAAUUGCAGACUUGUUCAAUGCUCUGGUUCACUUCGGCAAGCUUCACCAGGAAGACCAGAGUGGGGACAAGCAUCCCUCCGGCCUGUUUGAUUGGCUUUUGGACACCAUGUGAAGAGGAGUUUCCUCACUCUGCACACUAAAGUUUGCAUGCUCACUCUUCCCUCACCAAGUAUGUUGCUUCCAAAGUUGAGAGCACAAAGACAUGGGCACACUUGGCAACAUGUGUGUGUCGCUGCUUGAUAAAAGCCAUGUCUUCUUCCAGUAGGAACAUGGCGUGAACGUUCCUACUGGAAGUGAACACGCCGCUGAGUAGUCAGCAGGUUUAACUGCUCCAGUGUACAGAAAUCCACUAUAAAUAUAUUCUAGAAAAUACUUGCAGAGUUUCCCAACAAAUGUAUUUAUUUAUUCAUUAAUAGAAACCAGGGCCAGAUGUUUAAGUUUAACUUUCUCGACACAUUGUUGUGUGACAUUACCACCUGCGUAGGAAUCGAGCACACAUGUUCUAUUUGACAACUGUUGUCUUGUACAUACGUCGACACUUUCAACCAACUGCACCUGAGAGAGUGGAGGGGCCGAGUGCAAUUUGUAACGUGGACUUUGUACGUGAAUUUGGUGUUUAGUUACUCUUGUGUUACAUUGGACGUUGCAAAGAGAAGCACACUAUUCUGCUGUAAAGUGUUGUGUAACUGAAUGUAAUUCUCUUUUGGCAUCAAUAAAAUUGUGAUGUGAAUUACUGUACUUAAAAAUGUAUGUGGGCCUUUCAUCGUCAAACUUAACUUAGCUCACUAAAAUACAAAGCAUGACUUUAAGUCAGUGGUCCCCAAACUUUUUGACUCGGGGGGCCGCUUUGGGUUAAAACAAUUUGGCCAGGC